GUGGUUUCAAUAAUAACAAACCUAAUCAAUCAUGGCCCAAGAAGUUCCUACUUUUAAGUUAGUGUUAGUCGGAGACGGUGGAACCGGUAAGACCACCUUUGUCAAGAGACACUUGACUGGUGAGUUUGAGAAGAAGUACAUCGCCACCAUCGGGGUUGAGGUCCACCCAUUGGGAUUCCACACCAACUAUGGUGAAUUAAAAUUCGACGUGUGGGACACCGCCGGACAAGAAAAGUUCGGGGGAUUGAGAGACGGUUACUACAUCAACGGUCAAUGUGGUAUCAUUAUGUUUGAUGUUACUUCUAGAAUCACCUACAAGAACGUUCCAAACUGGCACAGAGAUUUGGUUCGUGUUUGUGAAAACAUCCCGGUUGUGUUAUGUGGUAACAAGGUCGACGUCAAGGAGAGAAAGGUCAAGGCCAAGACUAUCACUUUCCACAGAAAGAAAAACUUGCAGUAUUACGAUAUUUCUGCUAAAUCUAACUACAACUUUGAAAAGCCUUUCCUUUGGUUGGCCAGAAAGUUGGUCGGUAACCCUCAAUUGGAGUUUGUGGCUUCCCCUGCCUUGGCUCCUCCAGAAGUCCAAGUGGAUGCCAACUUGAUGGAAAAAUACCAGCAAGAAAUGGAACAAGCUGCUGCUUUGCCAUUGCCUGAUGAAGAUGAUGCCGAUUUAUAAGAUCAUCAGUAUAUAGUAAGUAAUUUGAAUAAAACCAAUUCUUUUAGGUUAAUGUAGAUGCGAUUAGUACUAAAAACUAUGUAUUGUACGAGGUUAUAUUUGUCUUCUGGCUCGAGCUCCUAUCGUGUAAGCUAUCAGCUUCUUAUCAUUUUCAUUAAAAUAUACGCUGGGUGGCGGACGAGGCAAAUUCUGAGCAGGUUGUGGCGGUGGUAACAUGAACUCAUCUUCGGCAUCGCCCAGAGGUCCUCCUGGGGCUCUAUCAUAGAUGUCUGCUAAUGUUACGGCCAUAUCAGGCUCGAUUUUUAACUCUUUCAGUCUAUGUUCAUAGUAGUUGCAGUAUAGUUUGAUGUGAUUCUUGCCUUGUAGAUGACUUUUUCUAACACUGAACUUAUCGUGGGUCAAAUACGAUUUACAGUAUUCACAAUAGAACUUCAUGCUCUUCUAAGGACCGCUGCAAAUGUUUG